GAGAUCGUCCGGCAGGUCUUGUGCGACGCCGCCAGUCUGCAGGCGGGCCGCCGCAUCGUGAUCCAGGGCUCGAAGUUCCUGAGCGGGGGCGCGACCUCCGAGGAUGCGUCGGCGGGAACAGACUCCGCGCGCGGCAUCCUAGGCCCGCUGCCUCUGGAUCAGCAGCGCACGAUGAUGAACCGUGCCCUCCGCCACAUGAGCAGGAUUCUGCCGGGCUGCGCGUGGACAUUGGACAACCAGGGCUUGGAUGCCCAGGUCCACUUGGCGGACAUGGCGCAGUUCAAGGCCUUCUGCAAGGAGAGGAAGUGGCGAUGA